CAACAAGACAGACUGAUAAUGGCUGCGCAUCCUUGAUCGCUCCCUCACGACCACCCACGACGACGUGUUUGCAGUGGAGGCGCUUUGGAGCGUGGUAUCUAUCUGAAUUCGAAAUACACUCCUUUUGUCUCUGACCGGCUUUCUUUCAUUUCACGACAUCAGUCACGACUCAGAUCGACUUCAGUGUUGGCUUCCAGACGCGUCGGGAUCCCCUCCCCGCCUUUGAGAUCGAUCCUCACCACUUUGGUCCCCCCCGCUGCUGCAUACCUCUUCAACGUUACGGCUGUUAUUGUCUCUGCUUGCCAUUGUCGUCCUCUUUAUUUGCACUCUUUGACUUUCACUCAAAUCGCUUCUUUGCCUAUGGGCUCUUUCGGUCUAAGCCAGGCUAGGUUAGCCUAAGCAAUGCGAAAUGUCAAGCGUUACGAGUAAAGGUGAAGGAGAAGCGGCGCUAUCAGUAUAUUCACUCCUUUACAUCCCCAGCCGUAGAAAACCUUUUCUUCGAAGGAAUGUUCGCAAAACCCUACAACAUCUAACAAUGGGCGCCAAACUUUCGGCGAUGACCUCCUCACGGGGCACAAAGCCUCGAGAUGAUCCAAUGGAUGUCGACGAUGAAGAAGACGAGGAGCCUCGACCCCCCAAACGAAGAAGAAUCCACCCCCCCGAAUCCAGAGAUGUCAGCGCUGCAGCUACGGACGAUGCUGGGCCCUCACGCCAACCUCUCAGUCAGGUGAUGAGCAAUCAACGAUCUCGUCCCUCAAAGCCCGAAUUGGUCCAGCCAUACGAUUUCUACGGCAAGGCGAAGGCUCCCAGUCUGACAUCCUCUCUGUUGAAGACUCCUACUACGGCGACGGCAACCAACAUUGAAGCCAACGCCGAAACCAACAACUUUCGAAUCGACGAUAUCACUCCUGCCACACUUGCCGACUUCAAAGAGGCCUUACGCGUAGACGUGAACGAAAUCAUCCCAUCUGACGAAGGAAUCGAUGAUGAACCGUUCAACUUCACCAGCAACUUCGACAUGCGAUGCACAGUCCGCGUUGCGAUCUUCUACCGUCAACAUGAUGACAUCCAAGAAGGCAACACUAAACCUGUCGAAAUCAGUAGAAAAGACACUGAAUGCACGCUGCGUGUCACUAUUGCUAGGAACGGAAAGGUGUCCAGGGACCUGGUCGACUUAGAACCAUUCUACUUCUUGCCAUCUAGUUUCAAGGUUCGACGAAGAAAACCCAGGCAGCCAAACGGGCAGUGGGGUGGGUAUGAGUAUUAUCGCGGGUUCGCCGACAGGUAUCUGUUGAGCAUCAGCAUACACCCCGUUUCCAGCGAAGAAGACUGGCCUACUCUAAACCUUUCAGCUGGGGCAAGCGAAUACAAAAUGGACGAAUUCUGUCUGCAUACCAAAAUCAACCUAUUUUGUCACCCUGAACGGCAACGCAAGGCUCCUCUUCAACUGGAGCAUAUAGAAAUUAUCGGGGCGAAAAUUGCAUUGUCGUACGCAUUAAGUUUUCAGGUCCGAUGGGCUACGCCAAACGUCCUGACCAAUGCCGUCUUGCCGACAAUCAAGUCCGAUGAAACCCCUAGAGCGAAAGUACCAUUAGCUCCCACUCCAGCUCCUGCGCAGGAUGAGCCAGCUAGCCCGUCUCCCCGCAAAGAAGAUGAGACGACGAUCGAGGAAAGUACAGCAAGCAACCGAGCUAAGAGGCAUCGAAACAGCGUCGAGACGUAUAACCUAAAGACCUUGAGUACUCUUGCUCAAGGCAAAUCUCCGAGGAAGUCGAAACCUAAAGAGUCAAGAUCUGAGCCAGAGCCAGAUGCAGGCUUAACGGUGACCUAUUGUUUCGGAAAAGCUGAGGCUGCAGAUACAGGCAUCAAACAACAAACUACGGUUCCAGGCUUGGCCUGUCCAUUCUGUGAAACCCCCAAUAGUAUGGUUGAAGAGCUUCGGUUGCACCUUCACGCUGAUCAUGGCGCUUUCAAGUUCUCUCUGCGACGAAAUUCUCCACGGGUCCAGUUCUUUGUCGAGUUGGCCAGGUCUCGAUCUGGUCCCAUGCUUGACACCGACCGUGCCAAGAUAUACCAACUUGGAAAACCUAGGACUCUCUUCGACCUUGACAAAUACUUGCUAGGAGACGAUCUGUGGACCAAGACUCGCUUAGGACCACAACAUGGCCACUGGCCCGAUCACUUGUUGGAACGAGCCAACGAGCCAUCUAUGUCAUCCUCUCCCCACGGGUCUCGUUACAGCUCUCCCAAUACCUCAAACGGGACCGACGAUGCAAUGGAUUUCGAGACGUAUGAAGCAAAGCCACCAGUCCGCCGUCGAAAAGUCGUCCUCGUCCCAGAGACAGAGUUGCCGUUGUACGAUCCAGUCACUAAACGCAUCCUCAGGGUCGGUGAAGAAAUUCCUGGAAGUGAUGACGAGAAAGAAGAAGAAUGGUUGCACCAGAAGCAACGUCAGCUUGUUAACGACUUCGUGGACGUGAGUAUGCUGGAAAAAGAGUACAUUAAUGUGUGGAAUCCUUUCAUCAAUGAGGAGCACCUCACGAGCCAUGCAUAUAUGUCUGACUCCAUCCUACGCUUCGUCGAGUUAAAGAAGAAUUGGUUUGCGGAAAACAAGAACAUGAAGGUUGAAUUCCUGAGGCAUAUGGAGAUUUUCAUCACGAUGGGGUCCGCUGACCAGGAAUGCCUUCACAAGUGCAUUAAUAUCCUCCGGAAAGCAGAGCAGGACAAAGCACGACGAGAUCAGCAGGAGGAUACCAUCAUGAAGGAUGUCGAGGUUGAGAAGCCUGUCUCCAAAUCACGCGGCUUGCUCACGUGUAUUUGCGGCACCAGUACGCAACCUCCGAAUCAAGUUAUCUGCACGGGUGAUAAAUGCCCAGCUCGGUUCUUCUGCCGUCAAUGCGCGCUCUCUUCGGGACGGCCCAUUAAGGACAAGCUGAAGAAAUGGCAGUGCGAUGAAUGCUUUUCUGGUUGAUGCGCAUAUCGGACGGGCAUUAGCAUGGAGUUGGAGGAUGGAUUGUGUUAGCAUUGAACAUAUAAUCUUGUACUGUGCAAAAGGGCGGAGAGAGAUGAUUUUUUUUUUUUACAGCGGCAUCUGGCGGAUUUUCAAGUUUCUAUCAUGGUCAUGGGCGACGGGCGUACCUGCGAGGAUACACCUGAUGCUGAUCAAGUACAUAGGGCGGGGAAAUCUUGAGGGAUCGGAGAGCAGAUGUUUCGUGGCAGGGGAGAUAGUCCACUCAAGGAAGAUAUGCGAUG